UUGCCCGCUAUAAAAAUGGCGGCCGGGGAUCACGUCGACGUCAGGAGCCGCGAAUGUGACGCAAAGGCGUUGCUAUGACAACGGAAAAGGACGCCGUUGGCUGUAGCUACCUUUCUAUACCAAGAGGUCCUUCCUUCUCAUGGCGGGUUCACCUUCCUUUCCCGUUGAGCCACCAGGCAAAACAGUCAGCCUCACUGUGCUGGAGGGCCAUGACUUGAAAGGCCUCAAAGGAGACAGUCCGGUGACAUUUGUGCGCGUUGAGUACAACGGCUUCGUCCUUGGUGACUCCCCCAAGAUGGACGCCUCUGCGGAAGGAAGCGUGAAGUAUCAUUUCACCGCCUCUUUUGACAGCCAUCCUGAAGGGUUACACACUUUGGAUGAUAUUGCCCAGAAACCUGUGAUAUUCACUGUGAUUGAAGUCCUGCCAAAGGAGAAGAAGCAAAAAGAUGAAAAGGUGGUGUCGCUCGGACAGGCUGUGGCAGGCCUUCUCCCUCUCCUGCAAGGAUUGUGUUCGUUCAAUGCAACGCUUCCCCUGUAUCCAUUGCCUGGUUCUCCUCUGGAGAACCUCCGACCAGAAACCAAGCCUUCCAUCGAUAUCUUAGUAUCUGUCCAGGAGAGCUUACUGACUCAAAAUCAGCUGACAGAAGGCAAUCUGCUGAGAGUGACCGUUGAAGCUCUCUAUUCUGCCCCUGAGGCAUUUAUCCCCUCCGGUCCUCAAUAUAAUUACAUGGUCGGCUUUCAGGUGCCAGCAGUUGGUGAGAAAGAAUGCCCCUUCCUGUUCAAGAAUGGGACCCUGAAACUUGGCGGUGAGAGAGAACCUCUGCCUCGGCCCAAGAAAUGGCCAGUUGCCAACAUUUUAGCUCUCGGAGGACAGAACAUCCCAGAGGCUUUUGUUGUUGGUGGGGCCUUUGAGGAGGAAGAUGGAGAACUGAAUACCCCAGAGGAACGGGAAAGCAGGAUUCAGGGUGAAACUAUUAAGAAACGGGUCAUAUGGGACUUGGAAAGGCGUUGCUACCUGGAUCCUUUAGCUGUGCUAUGCUUCCGCAGGCGGAUUGUCGACUGUCGUUGUUGGCCUGUGGAAAUUACUAGAGUGCCCCUAGUCACAUCCACGAAAGUCAAAGCUGGCAAAGGAGACAAGGGAAGUGGAGCUAUUGCUGGAGCAGAAGAAGAUCCCAUUUCCUUUCACGGCGUGGCUUACGUCAAUUUAGUGCCUCUGCUGUAUCCAGGGGUGAAGCGGAUCCGGGGAGCAUUCCGAGUUUUUCCUUACCACGACAGUGAAGUGUUUGAAAAGACCAAGUGCCUCUUCAGUCUUUUUCGUGAUGUGGGCCAUCAGGCAAUUCUUAAUAAAUUUGGGCCCAUAGGAAUGUACAGUCCCCACACCAAAAGCAUCCUCGGGAAGAACAUCAAAGAUGACAAGCAACGAGAAAUAAUGCUGAGGAAGCCCUCCAAUAUUGUAAAAAAGGACAUCUCUGAGAUCACAGUAGAGGCUGCCCUGUCUCAAUGCCAGAACUUGGAAGGACAGCAAUAUGUAGAAAACGGAAGUUUUAUUGUGUUAGAGUUUACAUUGGACAGAGCUUUGGUGCCCAAGCGUCUGCCAGAGGAACUUGCCAGCCGAGUGAAAGAGAUGAUUCCUCCACACCCACCACUCCCUCGAAGGACUGCAGGAGCCAUGAAGGCCGUAGAAGAUUACCACACGCAGAUCACCAGCAUUGCUGCAUCCAUCCUAGAUGAGUAUCAUGAGCUCUUUGGAAGGCAGGUGGUCCAAGGGCUUGUCGUUGAUUCUCAGAUCCUGGAAGACCAGAAAUGUCAACUCAACUAUGAGCUGAACACCUCGGGGAAAUAUUUUGCCUUUAAAGAGCAACUCAAGCACGCGGUUGUGAAAAUUGUGCGGGAGAAGUACUUGAAAACAACCGCCUUUGAAACUCUGGACCAACUCCAAGCUUUCCUCAGUGAGUUGUACGUCUACCUGAUGGAUCAGAUGCACGUUGCCUUGAAUCAGGUGCUGUCCCUCCAGACUCCAAGUCCUCCUCCUCCCGUAUACACCACCUUGGAGCAGCUCCAGCUGUUUGCUCGAGAGGCCCAGGUCAACGGAGAGUACGGUUUGGCAUCAACUUACUAUCAGGAGAGGUUGUCUCGAAACCCCCAAGAUAUCCAGAGCUGGUUGGAUUAUGGAGCUUUUUGCCUGUUGACUGAAAACAACCUCAAGGCCCAGGAAUGUUUCCGUGAGGCGGUCGGGCUGGAUGCCAAUCACCUGCCCAGUGUGCUGUUGUGUGGGAUCAUGGCUGUGAUGCUGCAGAAUUAUGAAGAGGCUGAAGUCUUUUUUGAAGACGCCACCUGUGUGGAGCCGAGCAGUGUCGUGGCCUGGACCAUGUUAGGACUUUUCUAUGAUAUCCAGGAAAACUACAUUCGGGUCGAGAUGGCCUUCCGUGAGGCUACCAAGCUCCAGAAGGCCCAUCUGCCCAAAGAGAAACCAAGUCCUCCAAGCAUAGAAGAAGUACCAGUAGCAAAGAAAAGAACGUCAUACCUGGCUUCACGGGCGCAGUCCCUGGUUGGCCCAGAGGACUCUGAAGAAUCUCCAGAAUCCGCAGUGAAAAUCCAAGCAGAGUCUUCAGAGCCAACCAGCUCCCUUCGUGCACCCGAAGAAGAUACCGUACAUAAACCGUUCAAGAGAUUGUCCGUUACACCCAGUAAAUUUAGGAUGAGCACACAGAGAGAAAUUUCCAAACCUGCGGCAGUUGCAUUUGAACCAGACCUGAGCCUGGUCAUACAACAACCCCAGCAAACCACCUCUAUUUUCAUGGAAACAAUAAAAUUCCUCUUGGAUGUCAAUGCCCUUCAGUUUGUUCACAGGGCGCUGGCGCAUGAGUUGAUCUCCCCUCAAGGAGGCCCCAGCUGUGACUAUUACUUGGUGCUGGCCCAGACCUACAUGCUCAAGAAGGAAUAUGACCAAUCAGAAGACAGCUUGGAAACGGCUAUGCAGAUUGAUUACCUGAAUCCAGAGGUUUGGGCUCAAAAAGGCCAUCUCUGCUACUUGACCGGGAAUUUCAGUGAAGCAAAGUCCUGCUAUGAACGCACUAUCAGCUUUGUGACGGACGCGAAGGAUAUGCAUACUGUGUACCUGCGACUGGGAUCCAUCUAUCUGGGAGGCAAGGAGUAUGACAAAGCCAAGCACAUUUACCUUCUGGCGAGUAAGAAAUCACCUUCUUGUCUCACCUGGCUGGGAGUAGGAAUCGCUUGCUACAGGCUCAAAGAGAUGGCCGAGGCAGAAGACGCUCUCUCUGAAGCCAAUGCCCUCAACAACAGCAAUCCGGAAGUCUGGGCUUACCUCGCUUUGGUCUGUAUGAAGGGCGGAAGACAACUGGAGGCCGAACAAUCCUAUAAAUACGCUGUCAAGCUGGAUUUGGACAACCCCGAUCUCCUGCAGGAGGUCAAACAAGUCCAGCUAGAAGUUGGCUUUGGUGACCCAUCGUUUUGAUCACCUCUUCUGCGGCUAUAUUCUAAGCAGGGACCAACAGCUACCAUUUUACACAGCAGGGGAGGUAGGGCAAGGUUGCCAGAUGCUUGCCAACCAUCAGCACAGAGGCGUACUUCCACAUUCUGAAACAACAAUCGCUGUUUGUUUCCAAAGCUUCCAUAAAAAGUUUACACAGCAGUUUAUGAGUUCAUGGAAUUUAGAAGAAGCACAUUGUAGAGAUUCCAUUUCUUCUGUGGAAUAUCCAGCAAUGAAAUUAAAGCCAACCAUAAGGCAACUACAAGGCAUGACUUAUCUACAGGAGUUAAAAAAUGCUGGAGAAAGAUUUUUUUCCCCAGUUCCUGAAAUGGAAAGCCUCAGAAUAAUUCUAGCACAGUAUUUCUCAAGCUUGGCAACUUUUAAGAUGUGUGGACUUCAAACUCCCAGAAUUCCCCAGCCAGCUAACCUAUGCUGUCUGGGGAAUUCUGGGAGUUGAAGUCCACACGCCUCUUUUAAAAAGUUGCCAAGCUUGAAAAAAACUGCUAUAACACAUCACAAUAAUUAGAAGACCUUUGUUGGAGAUAUUUGGAGAAGAACAGGAAGAGGAAUUGGAGAGAGGUUAGUGAACUGCCUCAUUUCAAGACAUUUCUAGGUCUCCUUUAGUGCAAGUGGGUAUUACAACCAAGAGCAGAUUGGGUUUUAUACAUCAUAUUAUUACCUGGGCAAAAUAAAUAUCCAUGAAUGUGAGUUCUUGAUUCAGUUAGUUCAUCCAUGUAGCUCUCUGGAGAUGAUUCCAUCAAGUCAGUUUUGACCUAGUGAUAGAUUUUUGAUCUAAUGGCUAUGUACAUUAUGGAUCCACGUUUAUUUUAUUCACGGCUUUUUCUUGUUGUUGUUUUUUGUCUGCUUCUUGUAAUUGCUUUGGCAGCCCAGAAUUUUGAAAGAGGAAUCUAAAAUACGAUAUGCAAAAGGAUUCAAGAACAGCAGUUUGGGGCAGGUGAUUUAAUAAAACAGUUUGGAUCUGUUUA